GCGGCUUUACCCUCCUGGCCUCCUGUCCUGCCCUGCCUUUCCCCCCGCAUGCUCUCGCUCGCUCUCUCGUUCUCGUGGUUCUCCCGAGUCCCGUGCCGCUCGAGUGCGCCGUCUGCGUCUCUAGUGGCGACGACUGGGCGACCGCCGCCGCCGCCCUACGCAAGGUGCCCAGCUCUCCAUUUUCGGUCCCUUCGCCGGACACGAGCACCCGCCAGGAUAAUAUGUUGUCCACGCAUGAGGCAAAUGCUGAUCAGUUUGAUCUUCUUUCUUAUGGUAAUCUAAGGGGACUAGAGGCUAGUAGAAGUUCUGAGGAAUCUAAUUUUGGAAAUGACUUAAAGGAUGGUUCUUCAGUUUCUUCUGAGAACUUCGGCUCCUCUUGUCUGCCUGGCGAGAGCUAUCAAUCUGCCACAGUAGAUCAUGAAAAACGACCUCUUUCUGAUGUCAAGACAUGCCAAAUUGCUUGCAAACGUCCAAAGCAAACAGAUCACUGUACCUGGUUAUAUUCCUUUGAGGAACACCCUUUGACCAGUGAAGUGGGAAUAUCUUCUCCAGCUUUAUAUGAUGGAUUGGUUGAGAUCAAACAACCAAAUGACAUUCCUGCAAUUAAUGGUGCCACAACCUGCAGUGGUAGUUCAGUGAUCCCUUGCCGUAAUCAUGAUCAAUCAAUUUUAGUGGAAAACUUAGACAUACCUGAUUGGGCGACUUCCUUCCCUGGUUAUUUUGAAGACUGUGGGCCAGUUGUUACAUAUAGCCAUGUUGAUGACAUUGGUUCGCCUAGAAAGGGUGUGCCAAUUGGACCUGAGCACCAGGCUGACAUUCCAGAAUGGAGGCCCCUAAACUCUAUGAUUGUACCUGGUGCUUCAGAGUUUUGUGCUAAUCUGGAUUGUAGUUCUGCUUCCACUUCAGAGUCUGUUCCCAGAGGUGAUGACUAUGUAAGUGACAAGUGGAUCAGGUACUGUGUUGUUCCGGUGACAUGCUGCUCAUCUCCUGUUGACUGGGCUGGAGACAGCAAAAUAGAUUGCAACUGCAGUGACGAGGGUUCUAUGAGGUGUUCCAGACAGCAUAUUAUUGAAGCAAGGGAUAACCUUAAAAUGAUCUUGGGACAGGACAGGUUUCGUGAGUUAGGUCUUUGUGAAAUGGGAGAGGAUGUUGCUCUGAGAUGGACUGAUGAGGAGGAGAAGCUAUUCCAAAGAGUUGUUUUCUUAAAUCCUGUCUCCUUGGGCAAGAACUUUUGGGACCACCUUCCGGAUGCAUUUCCUAAUAAAACUAGCCAGGAGUUUGUUAGCUACUAUUUUAACGUUUUCAUGCUCAGGAAAAGGGCUCAGCAGAACAGGUCUGACGUGUUGGCUGUGGACAGUGAUGAUGAUGAACUGCAUGGUGAACCUCUAGCUGAGCGGGUGGAAGGGGAUCCUGCAGUUGAGUCCUCUACACAUGAACAUUCUGUCAGCAAUUCUCUGCCCAUGGAUGAUGACCAUAAAGAGUUUGAAGGAGCACAGUUUGAUGGAUCUUUGUGUGAGAAGUCAGUAUACAAUGCAGUCGAGUGCAGACAUCUACCAAAUCAGAUGCCUGCAGAUUCAAAUACGGUGAACACUGCACUAGAUGUUUGUGACCAAGAUAAUGGAGCUCAGUGUUCAGAGUUUCACAUGUCACUGCCGAGCGAUACUUCAAACAGUCUUGGGGAUCAAAGUGCAUCUGUAUAGGAGAUGUUGUGUGGACAAGGCUCUUUGGCCGUCGAGAUGUCCAACCAAGACCAUGAACAACAAUGAAAUGGAUAACACAUUCAGUUUGGAUCUGACAUCUACUUCAGAUGGGUGCUGUUUUGCCAUGGCUUGGAGUUGUAAAUUCAGCUUCAUCUGGAGUUGAUAGUUCAUGAAGUUGUACAUUCUUCAACUACUAUGUACUUUUCGCGGCAUUUUGUUAGCACACUUGGAACUCAACUGAGCUUCCACGGGGUUUUGCUGCCCCCACCCCCUACCCCCCAUCCCCAUUCGAGAAAUCAACCUUGUUGUAUGUACCAUCUGUUGUAUUUUCAUCGCUGUAUGUCCAUUCGAGAAACUGAACAUGUAGAUUGUAAGAGUUGCCACUGUCUGGAUUACCCGCGGUGGUUUUCGUUUGCAGACCGAGUGCUUUCGGAAUCGAUUCAUGCAAAUAAUGUGC